AUGCGGCUCCCCGCUCACGUCCUGCAGACCCUCACCGACCGCCUCGGCGCCGAGGAGCUGAGGCGAGCCCUCCUCCCGUACCCUGACAGCGAGACGACCGAGACGAUCGCGCGAGCAGCCGGCGUCCGCCCGCGGGAUGUGCGGCAGGCUGCGACGGCGCUGCGGGACGGAGCCGCUGGCGAGGGCGCUGGAGGUCGUUUCUACUUUGUGCUCAACAAGCCGUCAGGUUGCCACUCGCAGCGCUCCAAUGGCCUGGCGGGUGCGGCUUGCGCGUCGCGCCUCACCGUCUACGACUGUCUGCACCGUGGCUUUCCUGCUGUCCCGCACGUCGGCCGGCUCGACCGCGACACAGAGGGUCUGCUGCUCUUCACGGACGACGGCGCGCUCGCGAACGCACUCAUCCACGGCGAUGGGGGUGGCAUGCCCCACGCGACGAAGCGCUACCUCGUCGAGGUGACCGGGCUGCUCAAGCCACGAGUCGGCGGGACAGGCUGCAAGGCAGAGGCUCUGCAGCCGCCGCCACCACCGGCAGGCGCAGUCGGGCCUCUGCCGCCCGUGUCCGCUGGAUAUCCCGAAGCGGCGACGCCGCACAAGAAGCGUGAGCGCGGUAGCGGCGGCGUGGGCGGUGGUGACGCGGGCGGUGGCGGCGUGGGCGGUGGCGGCUCGCGAAUCGUGGCGCACCGUCAGGGCGCGCCCGACGCGGGCGCUGCAUCCGGCUGCCGUGCAGACGCUACCGCUGGAACGUCUGCCGCGGCCACCGAGGUCGCCGCUGACACCGCCGACGCCGCCGACGCCGCCGCCACCGCCGCCGCCGCCGCCGCCGCCGCCGCCGCCGCCGCCGCCGCCGCCGUUGCCGCCGCCGCCGCCGCUCACGACGAUGCUGACGUUGCGGGCGCCAUUGCCGCCGCUUCGGACGCGCCCGCAGUGUCCGCCGACGCCGUUCGCAGGUUGUGCGCGCGCUCCGGCUUGGUGGUCAAGACGCUGCGGCGCGAGUGCAUCGGCCCUAUCACGCUCGGCGGCCUCUCGCCCGGCGGCCUCUCGCCCGGUGAGGCGCGCCCCCUUAGCGCGAGCGAGGUGGGCCAGUGCUACCGCCGCUUCAUGCCACCGGGGGCCGCCGUGCCGACCGUGCUGCCGCUGCCGCUGCCUCUGCCGCCGCCGCUGCCUCUGCCGCCGCCGCUCCCGCCGCCGCCGCCGCCGCCGCCGCCUCCAUUGUCGCCCCCGGCCUCGCCGCCGUCGCCGUCGUCGUCGCCGUCGUCGUCGCCGUCUCCGCCGUCGCCGCCGUCGCCGCCGUCGCCUCCGCCGCUGGACGCCGCCGCCGCGGCCACGCAGCUGCUGCGGCGGAGCCUUGACGACCCUGCCGUCAGCGUCUGGGACGGCCGGCGGCCGCACGCCGCCGCGGCGAGCGGCGCGACGUUUGAGCUCUUCUGGGGCGCGCACCCGGCGGACCCCCACUGGUACACGCCGAUCCACGAGCUGCUGCUCGAGGCGCUGCAGCUGCUCCACACGCCGGUCGAGCUGGACGCGCUCUCCAUCUCCGGCUGGCUCAACGCGUCGCCGCCGCACGCCCACCACCAGGUGCACGACCACGGCGAGAGCUUGUACAGCGCCGUCUACUUUGCGGACAGCGGCGGCUGUGCCGGGUCGGAGGCGGAGUUGGGCGGCAAGACUUGCUCGGGCCAGCUGCUGCUCAUCACCCAGCCAGAGGCUGGGGUGGACCGGUUUGAGUAUGUGGCGCUGCCGCCCGAGCCCUCGACGCUCCUGCUGUUUGCUGGAGGCAUGCCCCACGCGGUUCUCCCUCGCGCCAGCCAGUGCGGCACUGGUGCGGCGCCGGACGCUCUCGCGCUCAGGGUGUCGGUGGCCUGUAAUGUCUCGCUGAUGGUCGAAUGA